AAUUGGUCUCUCACUUUACCUGGCUGGCUAGUUUUCUUUAUCUGAGGCCUCUCAAGUUUCACUCAUUCAUUCUUUAUUCUUUCUCUUUGCCUUUAUCUUCUUCAUUCAUUUUCUAACCAUUUCUUAAUACAUUCUUCAAAAUCCUGAAGUUUUUUCCCAGAUUUUCGUUCAUGGAGCUCGAUCGUGGGUUGUUGAUCCUCAUUUGCAUGGCGAUGGUCCUUAUCUUGCAAUGGUCAAACAAUGUAGAAGGAAGAUAUCAUCACCACAAAAAACAGAAGAACGAGAGCUCCCCUGUUUCUGACCCUGCUCCUGAGAAAACAGUCCCUUCAUCACCGUCGAAUCCUCCAUCUAUUCCUUCAGACCCAUAUCCGAAUGAUCCCGGAAACUCUACUGACUGUAUUUUUGACGUGAGAGAUUUCGGAGCAGUCGGCGACGGUUGUGCCGAUGACACUGCCGCAUUCAGAGCAGCGUGGAAAGCAGCUUGUGCAGUGGAGUCAGGGGUUGUUCUGGCUCCAUCUGAUUAUUCUUUCAAAAUCACUUCGACAAUCUUCUCAGGACCAUGCAAGCCAGGUCUUGUAUUUCAGCUGGAUGGGAUUCUAAUGCCGCCAGACGGACCUGAUACUUGGCCAAAAGCAGAUAGCCAUAAGCAGUGGCUUGUGUUUUACAGACUUGAUGAUAUGACUUUCACAGGGAAAGGAACCAUUGAAGGAAAUGGACAGCAAUGGUGGGAUCUUCCUUGCAAACCGCACAGGGGUCCUGAAGGAUCAACAGCCAAAGGGCCAUGUGACAGCCCUGUUCUGAUUCGUUUCUUCAUGAGCUCAAAUUUGGUAGUGAGUGGCUUAAGAAUCCAAAACAGCCCACAGAUGCAUAUGAAAUUUGAUGGAUGUGAAGGUGUUCUGAUAGAAAACUUGUCCGUAUCUUCCCCUAAACUCAGCCCCAACACAGACGGAAUUCACAUAGAGAACACUAAGUCUGUUGGCAUUUACAAUUCCAUGAUAAGCAAUGGCGAUGAUUGCAUCUCAAUCGGACCCGGCUGUGCAAAUGUGGACAUUGAAAGUGUUACUUGCGGGCCUAGUCACGGGAUCAGCAUUGGGAGCCUAGGAGUGCACAAUUCAGAAGCAUGUGUUUCAAACAUAAGUGUGCGCAACACAAACAUAAGAGAGUCAGACAACGGGCUGAGGAUCAAGACAUGGCAAGGAGGGUCAGGCUGCGUAUCAGGAAUAUCAUUCGAAAACAUCCAAAUGGAGAACGUCAGAAACUGCAUAAUCAUAGACCAAUACUACUGCUUAUCAAAAGAAUGCCUAAACCAAACAUCAGCUGUGCAUGUCACGGGCGUCACAUACAGAAAUAUAAAGGGGACUUACGACGUUCGCAACCCACCAAUCCACUUUGCCUGCAGCGAUACUGUGGCCUGCACAGAUAUAGUAAUGGCUGAAGUUGAGCUUCUGCCACAAGAAGGAGAGUUGGUGGAUGAUCCAUUUUGUUGGAACGCUUACGGAACUCAAGAAACUUUAACUAUUCCUCCCAUUGAUUGCUUGCAAGAUGGGCAGCCUCAGAAGUUGGUCGAAUCUUCUGCUUAUGAUUGUAGCAGUUGAUCGAUUAAUAGCUUUGUAAGUUACAAGACCUUGUAUCUUUUAGGGGUCUUGAUUAUUAUUUGCUUAGGCUUCAUCCCUUUCAGGGUGUUUUUUACCCUUUAUUGUGCGAUGAGAUAUAGAGCAAAUGGAUCAAGGUUUAUUGGCUUUAUAUUGUAAUAGAUUUGACUUCAUAUAUGAUAAUAGAAUUAUAUGAGAUGCAAUUUUCAAUUUCAA